GAUGGCGUCUGAGGCCUGAAAGCGUGGUUGCUUUGAGGGCGCGGGAGUCGUACGGAGUGGGGACUAGGGCAAGUGAGAGGGUGGGAAAACCAGAGACAGAGGAGGGCGGUGCUGGAGAAGGGCGGCGCGUGGCUGACUCAUCCCUCUGGAAGAUCAGACUGACAGACACUAACCCUUGCCGGACCCGCCCGCCCGCCCGCGCCGCUUCUCCUCGGCUGGGAGGCGCCCGCCCGCACAGCCCGCCCGCCUUCUCCGGGAGCGCUCUCCCGGCCCGGCUGCCUCAGAGAAAGUUUUUGUCGUCGGAAGGGACUGGAGGCGCCACUGGCCUUUGGGAAGGGAAGGAGGACGGAAGAGGAGGCGACAGCCGCGUGGGCCCGGGGAGUGCAUGGUGCCCGGCGUCUCGGCUGCCUGUCAGGAGGACAUCGGGGCGGGGUCGAGCUGAGCCCAGCUCCUUCUUCGCGCAGCGGCGCCAGAAAUCUCCCUCCCGGACUGCCGCGGGGGUCCUCGCUCCUCAGCCCGCCAUGUCCCGGCUGCUGCCGCUGCUGAGGAGCCGGACCGCGCGCAGCCUGAGGCCGGGCCCGGCCGCCGCCGCGCCCCGCCCGCCGUCCUGGUGCGGCUGCGGGCGGGGGCUGCUGGCGCUCGCGGCCCCGGGCGGCCCCCGGGCCCUGGGUACCCACCCGAAGAAGGAACCCAUGGAGGCGCUGAACACGGCGCAGGGCGCGCGCGACUUCAUCUACAGCCUGCACUCCAGCGAGAGGACCUGCCUGCUCAAGGAGCUGCACCGCUUCGAGUCCAUUGCCAUCGCCCAAGCAUGCAGAUAUCCCAAACCCGAGAUUGCCAUUGUGAAGCGAGCAAAGGAGUUAUCAUCAGCAGAGGCCCCUGAUAGCUUUGAAAAAUUGGAAGCUCUACCACCCACCCCAGGACAGCUGAGAUAUGUAUUCAUCCACAAUGCGAUACCUUUCAUAGGGUUUGGCUUUUUGGAUAAUGCAAUUAUGAUUGUUGCAGGAACCCAUAUUGAGUUGUCUAUUGGAAUUAUUUUGGGAAUUUCAACUAUGGCAGCUGCAGCUUUGGGAAAUCUUGUGUCAGAUUUAGCAGGUCUCGGACUUGCAGGCUACGUUGAAGCUUUGGCUUCCAGGUUAGGCCUAUCAAUUCCUGAUCUCACACCAAAGCAAGUUGACAUGUGGCAAACACGUGUUAGCACACAUUUGGGCAAAGCUGUUGGGGUAACUAUUGGCUGCAUUCUAGGAAUGUUCCCUUUGAUUUUCUUUGGAGGAGGUGAAGAAGAUGAGAAACUGGAAAAGCAAAAUUAACUCUCUUAAAAUACCUAUAAAAAGAUGUAAACUAAUGUACCUCAUUAAAUAUGCUGUCCCAACAUAUAGGAAUUAAGGCAGUAACAGUGUAUAGAUAUGGGAUCAAAUAAUUCAGCAUGUGUUAUGGAAAACACUAACUUAUUGUGGCUUGGUUUUCUUAGGACAUCUUUUUAAAAAAACUUUUGUGUGAAUUGUUGAAAUGCUUUUUCAUCAGUGGCAGUCAACAUUUUACCUUUCCUUUUUCUUUCUUUGGAUACCAAAAUAUUGUUGAAGUAUCAGUCAUUGAUGUACUGUACUGACUUGGAGUUCGCCUGUUUGUUAUUUACCAUGUGUUUAUGCAUGAAAGUGUUUUCUGUUGUUGUUCCCUGUAGUUACAGUUGAAACCUGGAGAUUUUUUUCCAAAUUACUAGGAUGUUUAAUAUUAGUUAAAGAUUUAUUUUUUUUACUCUCUUUUUGGCAACUUCAGUUUUGUAGUGUUUCACAGUAAACAUUUACAAUCAUAU